ACAGCCUUUGCUCGCUUCGCCACCGGGAGUCAAAUGAAAGGAAAUGUUUGUUCCUGCCUGCCAAAAAGUGUACGUCACGUAUUGCAUAAAAAUACUUAAUAUGUAGAUAAUAUUUUUAGCCAAGGAGGCUGUAACAAAUUGUCGAGAGGCUGAAAAUUUUUAGCUGUACAGCUAUAUAAACAACCUUCAUGGCUGACAUACUUGUGCACUAUCCUCUUCCUCAAUGGCCUCUCCAAUCUCCUUCGUACUGCUCGCUCUCUGUCUUGUCUUCACUCUUGCUCCUUGGGCUGCCAACGCUCACGGUCGCUUGAUCAUCCCUAUUGGUCGUGAAGGCUCUACUGAUGCUCCCAUCACCACGCUUCCUUGCAAUAGUCUCAAUUCCUCCAGUCCGGUGGCCACUUACGUGCAAGGAAGCAAAGUUCAGCUCUCCUGGACCAUUACCGAAGUUCAUGAUGCCACUUCUACCUGCUACAUUGACAUCUCAAAAGGAACAGAUGACUCUUCUUUCACCAAGCUCGCAACGCUUGAACAAUGCGCUUCAUACCUCGGUACUUAUGUCGCUAACGUUGAUCUUCCAUCUGAAUGGGACGGUCAAGGCACUCUUCGCUGGUGGUGGCAUGUACAGAGCCUCAACGUGACAUUCGCCACUUGCUCCGAUAUCACUCUUGUCAAGUCCAGCUCAUAAAGCGAAUACUUUUACCUUUUCUUAUUAUUAUAAGCUAUUAAAAGGCAAUAAAUGCAUGUACUCUAAUGCUAUCAUCGAACACUCUCAUUUCUUUUUUAUUUUCAUGUAAACCUUUCAAAGCAUCACCCCCCAGAACUCUUUCUAUCCAUAAAUAAACAUGUCAUUUCCACCUCGUCAUCGAUCUGAUCUGAUGCAGUAUGAAA